CUAAUCUUGUCGCUGCGCUCGUCCUACGCCGCAUUGCUCUCUACAUUGUCCGCCGCGGCUAAAGAUCAGUGCCGCUGAUUGACGUGGAGAGAGAUCCAGCGUUUGGGACUGUGAGACCUGUGGAAGCAGCGCCGCUGCCAUUGCCAGUAGCUAUCGAUGGAGAUGAUGAAGACGCCACAGACGAUGAAGAGAACUUGCUUUAAGUUUGUAGUUGUGUAGAAGGAGGAAAAAAUGGUUGUCCUCACAAGUCUGCCUCUUUGUCUUGCCGCGGUCCUUGCAGACAGUGCUGCAAAUCCCAAGUGGAAGAAGUUAACAGGCGCCGAGUGUGGCAUUUAUCAUGGUAACAUUCCCCAAAGUGCGUGGAGUGUUUUACAGCGGCUUAAGGACAGAGGCUAUGGUGUCUACCUUGUUGGAGGCUGCGUAAGAGAUUCUCUGCUAAAGCAGGCUCCAAAAGAUUACGAUAUUAUUACCACAGCCAAUCUUGACGAGGUCAAGAAAAGUUUUUCUCGUUCCAUGAUCGUCGGUAGACACUUUCCUGUAUGCCAUGUAACUUGUUUUGGCCACACGAUUGAGGUGUCGAGCUUUCACACUGUUUCUAGCGUAGGUAGGAGAAAACCCAGAAACAUUAUGAAGGACUUCUUUAGCAAGGAGGACUUGUUUCGAUGUGAGAACACAAUGAGCCGAGAUUUUACCAUAAACGGUUUUAUGUAUGACCCGUUCGAGCGGACUCUUUUCGAUUACGUUGGAGGUCUUCCUGACCUGGAAAAAAAGAAGGUCCGGACUAUCAUUCCUCCUGACGAAUCGUUUGCUGAAGAUCCUGCUAGGCUGCUCCGCGGAGUGAGGAUAGCAGCCCGACUUGGCUUUCGCUUUAGUCGGGAUACAUCACAAGCUGUCAAAGCGUUCAAGUCUUCUCUAAUGGCUGUGAAUCAGGCUAGACUCAUGCAAGAACUCAAUACAAUGAUGGCUUAUGGUGCAGCAGCCGCUUCAAUCCGACUACUUUGGAAGUAUGACUACCUUGAUGUAAUGCUCCCUGUGCAGGCAUCCUACUUUGCGCGCUGUAAGCUUAAAAGAUCGAGCAAACCACGUAAAAAUCUACUCACGGAUCUUCUCACGAUUCUCGACAAGUUUUCCACACCAGACAAGCCCUGUCACACAACUCUGUGGGUCGCGUUAUUAGCCUUUCACCUUGCUCUGGACGAGAAAAGAAGCCACCUUGGAGCCACGGCUGCGCUGCUGGCCAUACGCCAUCAAAACAUGAACUACGCACUUAAGGAUCUCGCCAGGUUCGAAGAGAAGCUGAGGCAAGGGGAGAUGACCAUCAACGAAGCUUACAUGGAGCGAUCCAUCGGCGUGGAUGACAACAACACCAUAGUCGCCGAGGCACUUCAUAUAAUCGAGGACGCUGUCUCGGCCUUGCAGAAGAUGCACGGCAAUCCGGAGAACGAGCCAUCAACUUACGGGACUCUCAUUUCUCGCACAAUGUACGCUAAAGUUCUCAAGCUCUUUCACGGAGCCAGGGAUCGGGUUCGCGUGGAGAGCUUGUAUGCCAAGCGCGCUACCUCGGAUCACAUGAGGAAGCGAGGUUUCGUGGAGGGCGUGGAUGCCGAAGUUGUCCAUGCUCUCUCGUGCAUCUGCCUCAACACAUUAUACCUUCCCGCAAAAGGCAAUGUGUUCCUCUUUAAUUGACGUGUACAAUAUCUCUCUGUUUUUUUUGUAGAAUUUUCUUUUCAUGCGACAAAUUUGCCGCUUUAGACGAACUUUUAAUGCAAAGUUAUCGCAUUCCAACGCGACAUGCUUGCGGCUA